AUGGGUGACGACGAACGAAGGGUCAAGCGAUCACGCUUUGACCAAACGGAACCAGAACCACGCAAAGCAUCCAGAUUUGACAGGCGUUCUCGUUCACCUUCAUCGCGACAGCCCGAGUCACGGCGCAGUAGGAGUCCCUUGGGCAAAGAUCCUCGUAGUCCAGCUUCCGCCGACAAACGUUCUGCUUCGCUGGACCCGGCCGCAGCUGCGGCCGCCGCUGCAGCAAAGAUCAAUGCCGAUCUUCAAGCCAGAAAGGGCAUACAGCAUGCCGAUGUGCCUCCGAUUCGAUCUACCACGAGCCCUCUACCAAAAUCAUCCUCCCCUUCAGCUGGCCAGAGCACCAGCAACCUCAAUGGCGAAAUCUACAUCGCAGAUGGUGACUAUAUCAAGGACAUUGAAGUCAAUGAUUUGCGCAACCGCUAUACACUGACCAAAGGCUCUACUCAAAAGAUGAUCAAAGAAGAAACUGGCGCUGGGAUUGAUGCUCAUCGGUGUAAAGAUGUCACAACGCGCGGAUCAUACUAUCCUGACAAGAGCAUGGCUACCGCAGCUAAUCCGCCGCUCUAUCUCCAUGUUACGAGCACUACAAAGUCCGGUCUGGAAAAAGCAGUAGAAAAGAUUGAGGAACUUAUGCAACAGGAGCUACCGAAUCUUGUCGAUGAACGCCGCUUUCGUCGCCGCGAGCCCGACCAAUUCGAAAGAGAUGAGUUUGGACGUCGCAAAUGGCCAGAAGAGCGCAUUCCGAUUGACAUGGAACCAAUUCCUGGCUUUAAUUUGCGCGCUCAAGUUGUCGGCCAUGGAGGAUCUUACGUGAAGCAUAUCCAGCAGGAGACACGAUGUCGUGUACAGAUCAAGGGCCGCGGCUCGGGUUUUAUGGAGCAUAGCACAGGAGCAGAGAGCGAUGAGCCCAUGUACCUGCAUGUCGCAGGACCCGACCCCAAAGAGGUGCAAAAAGCAAAAGAGCUGUGCGAAGAUCUGCUUGGCAAUGUCCGAGAACAGUACGAGCGAUUCAAAGCGAACCCACCGCCACAGCGGAUGGAGUCUUACACAGAUGGAUACGGUGCAAACGCGAACAACAAUUCAUACGGUGGCAGCAGAAGCUACUAUGGAGGUCGUGACUCUUACGGUGGCGGAAGAGAUCGAGAAAGCUACUCGAGCCAAUCCCGAGACAACUACGGACAAUCAUACUCUCCUGCUGCUUCGACACCUGCACCUCCUGGGACUGGGCACUCACUAGGCGACUAUGCGGCUCAAUAUGCCCAAUUGUAUGGCACAGGUGCUGAUCCUUAUGCAGCGUAUGGCGGGUACCAGAAUUAUGUCGCAUACUACCAGUACUAUGCUCAACAGCAGGCACAACAGCAAGGUCAAGCACCUCCUCCACCACCAGGUGGCGAGACCGUACCUCCGCCACCUCCUGCUGGUGCUGGAAGUCCACCUCCUCCUCCGCCGGGUGGGGCAACAUAUGGUGCAGUACCGCCUCCACCUGGCAUGUGA